AUGAUAUCAAAAGAGGAACGUAAUCAGGUCAUUAACAAAUUAACCAUGCAUUUCACUGAUUCUCCAAAGUUGGACAAAUAUAGUAGUGUAGAUAAGGAAGGCGAAUAUCAGAUUGAUAUGUAUUGGGUUCUCGGUUCACGUUGUCCACUAUGUAGGGAAAAACAUAUGAGUUUGCGAGAUCCAGGGAUUCCUCUCAUCGAGGUAUUAGAAGCUUAUCCUGAAAAUUCAGGACUGAUUCAGGAGUUAAAGUCUCAAUGCUUCACAUCACCUAUCCCUUGGAACAAUACCCUUAAAUUCCCAGAUAAAAGCAUGGUAGUGGAGGCAUAG